UGUUAUCAGGCGGAAGCCGGUGCAAUUAAUUGUGGGCGCCUUGAAACCGGCGGCGCAAUCCGACAAAGCCCAGGUCCAGCUCGAAGUGGAGGUUUUUCGGGCAUGUAAACACACGGCAUUCCAGUGAGUGAGCCCACGGCGCCGACUGCCUGCGAUGUCCGGGACACUUCUCUGGUCCAGCGAUGCAAUCAGACGGUACUAGACAGUACGGGAACUGCCACAACCUCCAGGAUUGCCACACGGAUUGCUACAGUGCUCGCAGCGCGGGAGCAAGGCGCUGAGAGCCACCGGAAGAGUUGGUGGGCCCGGUCGGUACGGUGUGUUCCCGUCGUCGGCGUGCCGGAUUCAAACUUUGCAUGGGGUUUUCAACAUCAGUCAAGCGGUGUGGCAAGAUGUUGCGGUCGGGAGUCGAGGCGGGACUGUUCGUCGCUUUGCUAUCCACGUUGUCCAUCGUGACCACUGCGGCUCAAGAGCCAGGAGAUUACCCUAUGCCCCUGGAUCCUGCUAGCUCGUUCCACCCGUCCAUAGUACCCGACCACGAUUCGGCCUUGUCUUUAGAGGGUAUGGGGGGUGGCGAUCUACCGACAUUCGUGAUCCACCCGACGGACGCGUACAUCGUAAAGAACCGUCCCGUCACCCUCACGUGCAAGGCGACGCCCGCCAUCCAGAUCUACUUCAAGUGCAACAACGAGUGGGUGCGCGCAAAGUUCCACAAGCACUUCGACUCCACAGACCCCGAGACGGGCGUGAGCUACAAGCAGACCAGCAUCGAAGUGACGAAGGCGGAAGUAGACCAGAGACUCGAGGAGACGGGCGAGAACUUCUUCUGCCUCUGCGUGGCCUGGAGCUCCGAGGGGUCCUCACGGAGCGAGGAGGCAACUGUACAGAUAGCAUAUCUCAGAAAAGACUUUAUCUUGGAGCCCAUCAGCCAGGGGGUGCCUAAUGAGACCCCGGUGCAGCUCCAAUGCCGGCCACCAGAGGGCGUGCCCACACCCGAGGUGGUGUGGCUGAAGAAUGAUGAGGAGAUCCAGGUGGACCUGGACAUCAACUUCAUCAUCACCAACGAGGGCAACCUCAUCAUCAACCAGGCGCGGCUGUCCGACACUGCAAACUACACCUGCGUGGCCAAGAACAUCGUCACCAAGCGAAGGAGCGUCACCGCCAGAGUGACUGUCUACGUGAAUGGUGGCUGGUCCACCUGGAGCACCUGGAGCGAGUGCAACAGCCAGUGCGGGCGCGGCCUGAUGCGGCGGACGCGCACCUGCACGAACCCCGCCCCGCUCAACGGAGGUGCAACCUGCGACGGGGAUCCCGUACAGCGGGCGGAGUGUACCACUCUGUGUCCAGUUGAUGGUGGGUGGUCGGAGUGGUCCAAGUUCUCGGCCUGCGGGCGUGACUGUAACAACUGGAGAAGACGAGAAUGCAACGACCCUCCGCCACAGUUCGGCGGGAGGUACUGCAUUGGAGACAACAUGGAGACCAGAAACUGCACAGGGGGCCUCUGCAGAGAUUCUGAGGAAAGUGAUCUACAAAUUCAGACCAAUAGUCCGACAUUUGCCAGUGCACGGUCAGAGGACAACCUGGCCCUCUACAUCAGCCUGGUCGGGGCGGUCACAGUAUUCCUGCUCGUGUGCCUGUUCAUCAUCGUGGUCUGGUGGAGAAAAAACAGGCACUCAGACAUGAGCUCGUCCUCCGCAGCCCUAACUGUGGAUCCAGGCAAGCCCUAUGGAUAUCCUCCUGAUCACAGUUACGUGGCGCAGCCUGACCUCACGCGGUCCACCGGAAACGUCCGUGGCUUCCCGGUCAUGCCGACACUCGCCUUCUCCGACGACAAGAUCCCCAUGACGAUGUCCCCUCUCCAUAGCAACAACAGCCUCAAGAUCAAGGUCGUGCCACCGGACGUGCCCAUGACCCGACCCAUCACCCCUAGCAACCGGUCCGCCACGCCCAGCAACAUGUCAACCCUUCAGCGUAACGCCCAGAUCAUGAGCAACAGUCUGCCGGACAUGCAGCCCAGCACGCCGGAAAUGUCGGACGUUGGGACAAGCACGAGGAGGCCGAGUUCAAUCUACGACGCGGAAAACUUGGCGAAGAUUCUGCCGUCCUACGUGGAUCCGGCGUUCGCGGCCUGCGGAACGAUAGGCGCCGAGGGCGGGAGGUUAGCGAUACAGGAGUCAGGUGUGAGCCUCCUGAUUCCCAGCGGAGCCAUCACGGAUGGACACACAGAGGACAUUUUUAUCGCGGUGUUGCGUGAAGAAAAAGACAGACCAAAAAUGAACGCGAAACAGACACUGUUGGGCCCUGUGGUCGCGGUCGGCCCCCAUGGACUCCACUUUAGAAAACCCGUCAUUGUGACCUUCGGGCACGCGGCGGGAUUACGGGAGCGAAACUGGGAGUUAACACUGCUGUCCAGCGAGAGUCAUCCGAACAGAAGCCCCUCCUGGCAGAACUUGGUGCUGAUUGGCGAGGAGACGUUAAACACGACAGCGUACUGCCAGGUUGACGAGCGGGACUGCCACGUGAUGGUGGAGCAUCUCUCCUCGCGCUACGCUCUGAUUGGUCAGUCCGCGCCGGCCACGCAGGCCGUCAAGAGACUGAGGCUGGCUGUGAUUGCCGCGCCGCUGCAGCCGUCUGGCGAUUACAACUUCCGGGUCUACUGUGUGGCCGACAACUCCGACGAACUUGAGGGAGUGGUACAGUCCGAGGCUAUGUUGGGGGGUCAGAUGCUGGACACGCCCAAGAUUCUCCCCUUCAAGGACAACGGCCGUGACCUCUGUCUGAGCAUCGAGGAGACUUUGCCAGGAUGGAAGAGCCGACUCGGCGCAAACUUCCAGGAGAUACCAUUCCACCAUGUGUGGGGGAGCAGCCAGACCGGCCUCCACUGUUCCUUUAUGAUGGAGCGCACCGACCCCCAGAUCCAAAUGGUCACGGCCCGAAUCCAAGUCUUCCAGGGCUCGCCUGAGGAGGAAAGGCAGAGCCUGAACAUCACAGCAAGUGUCAGUAGAGAGGGAAGAAUGCCACAGACCACGCCGUCCCUCAGGCACAAACGUGAGCCCACCCUGCUGAGGUCGGAGAGCGACCUCGCCAUCCCCAAGGCCCCGCAGACGCCCGCCGAGGUCUUCAGGUUACCCCCUGCGGUGCGGGCGAGCUUGCGAGGCUGCCUGGACAUCCCCAAUGUCAAGGGCAACGACUGGCGCGGGCUGGCCAAGAGGUUACAGGUCGACAGGUACAUCAACUACUUUGCGACGAAGCCCAGUCCGACGGACCACAUCCUGGACCUCUGGGAGGCGCGUAACCGUGACGACCGAGCCAUCGAGGAGCUCAUUCUGGUCCUGAAGGACAUGGGUCGCUCUGACGCCUGCCUCCUCAUCGAAUCGGGAGUCAGCACCCCGCUUGUAGCAUAGGCCCUGCUUCGCUAUGCACUACGCAAAACAUGUGGAGAGACGCUACCCCGCGGCACGGUUGCUAAGCAGCUGUAGCCAUGGAUACGGUAACCACGGAAACCCGUGCUCCACAUGCCAUGUCAAAGACUUUAUAUAACUAACCAUGAAGCACCUCAAAGUCUCUUAGAAAAUUUUUUAAAAAUUGGAAAAAAACAUAUCUAGAGUUGAGCCUGAGUUCACGGUCAUACAUAGCAACCGUUGGCAUAGCAACUGUUGGCAUAGCAACCAAUACUGUGCUGACACGAAGAAUACAAUGCUGAUUCUGGUUUGUAUUGUAUUUUCCUACAAGAAAAGCAGGUGGAAUGAAACAAACACGUGCAGCAAAGUUUUUUCGCCUGUACCGACCAGGUGUGUUGUUUCACCUGUCGUUGUACCUGUCUUAAGUCUGUAGGGUUACUUAACGAAUCAAACACGACAUUUUUAGUCCAUGACGACGUUUUGAAGAUCUGUGUACAGAGCGAGAUGUUCCCAAUGCAAUGUUCCUGAAGAUGUAAUGUUAGAUAUGCUCAACCCUCUGGCACUGUAGAGUCAGAUAUACCAGCCGGAGGGAACCUUGCAAAUGCAAUUGUACAUUUUUAUCACUAUUUAUUAAAUGCACAUUUCCCGCAGUUUUUAAAUGAUAGGUAAUGUCGGUUUUGAUAAUGGUUGCUGUCCACAAAAAGGACCAUUUUAAAAGCACGAUGUAAGCUGUAUCUACGAAAUAAGGACUGUACAAGUGUAUGUUUGUAUGAAAAUGAGAAACCAUGGUCAGCUGUGCAGUUAGAAUUCAGGGUUUCGAAGCGCAGGGAAGUUGUGAAGGAAAAAAAUGUUCCUGUGAUGUUAAAUUGUAUCAGAAAGACGAAGAGUUGAUAUUAUUUAUUCGUGACAAUCAGUUUGUUUAUAUUUACUAUGUCCAAUUGUAACUUGUUGAUAUCUCGUUAUGUUAUGUUCCGUUCGUUAGCACUUCUAAUUUGAUUUCCGUAGCUUGUAGAUUCGGCGGCCCGCUACUGUCAGUCCCUUUAUUUUGCCAUAUUAUAAUUGUUUAAGUGGAAAGUCUAGUCGCACAUAUUCUACUCCUUACUCUGCACGUAGCACAAGAUUUCACUGAUAUGUUAAUGUUUAUGUGACACGGGUUUUAAAAAUCUGUGCGAAGAAUUUAGGACUCUUUGCCACCCCUAGUGAGAGGGAAAGCAUGAUAAUUGUGAUAUUUGAGACAAACUGCUAGUAAGAGCAUUGACAUAUUUUUGUAUAUCAACAUUGUUUCUGUACUAUUGAUGUAAUGACAUCUGUGUUGUACGCCAUAGUGUAUCGUUAACGCACCAACCAUGCCUGACAAUUUUUGUACUUGACCUUCAUUCCACGUGACACCAUUCCAAGAUGGCCUCCACCCGAGUGUUUCAUUCCACAAAAGGGUGAAAGGUCGAUUCAUUCCAAGCCAUGGACAUGUCUUAUAUGUGUGUGUACAGUUAUCACUGCAUCCAUCGGGUUUCAUAGCGUCGUUGUGAGUGUGUGAGGGGAAGGACUGCAAGUCGGUUACCAUAGCAAUGGUCACCAUGGUAACAAACACUUUGACAAAUAAUGCAGACAGAUACAGUUCCUGAUGGAACAUUGCAGGAACCAAUGACAUUCUUUACUGACAGCCAUUUCGUUUUGAAUGUAUCUGAUAGGAUGUUACGAUAACCAAUGAAAUUUCUCUGGACUGAUGUGAAAGCUCCUGAUUGGAUGUUGUGGUAACCAAUGAGCUUGUCUUCCCCCCAAUGUCCUUGUCCCAUUAUAGAUAUCUCACCGUUGUACAGUGUGGCAAUAGGAGUCCCAAACCUCAGUAAAAAAAUGUACAUAGUCACGUUUCUCCUAGAUAUGUGUAGCUUCCUUUGGUUCCCUAAGAGUAUGAUAUUUCUCAUUGUAUUUAUAACUGAACUAAUUUGUGUUAAUUACACAGAUUGUAUUAUGUGCCCACCGUGUAAAUAAAAAAAGACUUUUUAUUACAUCAAA